AUGGUAACGACGCGGCCGAAGAUGGCGGCCGAAUGGGGUGGAGGAGUGUGUUACUCCGGGUCGGGCCCAGCUCUUAGCCGGUGGCGCUGGAGUGCUUCUUUGUGCGUCAGAGGAGUUUUACUACUGUUAGGCGGYCUGCCGGCAAGCACCACGUCUAUUCCCAUCUCCGUGGGCACCUCGCCGCCCUGCCGGCACCACGUCCCCUCUGACACGGAGGUUAUAAAUAAGGUUCAUCUUAAGACAAAUCAUGUUGUAAAGAGAGAUGUUGAUGAACACUUAAGAAUUAAGACUAUCUAUGAUAAAAGUAUUGAAGAGUUGCUCCCUGAGAAAAGAUACCUUGUAAAGAACAAACUUUUCCCGCAAGCUAUUUCUUAUUUAGAGAAGACUUUUCAGGUUCGUAGACCUGCUGGCACUAUCUUACUUAGCAGACAAUGUGCAACAAACCAAUACCUGCGGAAAGAAAAUGAUCCUCAUAGAUACUGUACUGGUGAAUGUGCACCACAUACAAAGUGUGGACCGGUUAUUGUGCCUGAGGAACAUCUCCAGCAAUGUAGGGUUUGCCGAGGGGGUAAGUGGCCCUGUGGAGCAGUGGGUAUGCUGGAUCAAGAGGGUGUCCGAGAUGCAGACUUUGUCCUUUAUGUUGGUGCUCUGGCCACUGAGAGAUGCCUCCAUGAAAACAUUAUCUCUUAUGCAGCCUAUUGUCAGCAGGAGGCAAAAAUGGACAGGCCAAUAGCAGGAUAUGCUAACCUGUGUCCAAAUAUGAUCUCUACCCAGCCUCAGGAGUUUAUUGGGAUGCUGUCCACAGUGAAACAUGAAAUUAUUCAUGCCCUGGGUUUCUCUGCUGGGCUUUUUGCAUUCUACCAUGAUAAAGAUGGAAACCCUCUAACUUCAAGGUUUGCAGAUGGUCUCCCGCCUUUUAAUUACAGUCUUGGAUUAUAUCAGUGGAGUGAUAAAGUAGUUCGAAAAGUGGAAAGAUCAUGGAACAUUCGAGAUAAUAAGAUAGUUCGUCACACUGUGUAUCUUCUAGUAACACCUCGUGUUGUUGAUGAAGCACGAAAACAUUUUAAUUGUCCAAUUCUAGAAGGAAUGGAACUUGAAAAUCAAGGUGGUAUGGGCACUGAACUCAACCAUUGGGAAAAACGGUUAUUAGAGAAUGAAGCAAUGACUGGUUCUCAUACCCAGAACCGAGUCCUCUCUCGAAUCACUCUGGCAUUAAUGGAGGACACUGGCUGGUAUAAAGCAAAUUACAGCAUGGCUGAGAAGUUAGACUGGGGCCGAGGAAUGGGCUGUGACUUUGUCAGGAAGAGCUGUAAGUUCUGGAUUGAUCAGCAGAGACAAAAAAGGCAGGUGCUGAGCCCGUACUGUGACACGCUCAGAAGUAAUCCAUUGCAAUUAACUUGCAGACAAGACCAGAGAGCAGUUGCAGUGUGUAAUUUGCAGAAGUUUCCUAAACCUUUGCCACCAGAAUAUCAGUACUUUGAUGAACUCAGUGGAAUACCUACAGAAGAUUUGCCUUAUUAUGGUGGGUCAGUAGAAAUUGCUGACUAUUGCCCUUUCAGUCAGGAAUUCAGUUGGCAUUUAAGUGGUGAAUAUCAACGCAGCUCAGAUUGUAGAAUAUUAGAAAAUCAACCAGAAAUUUUUAAAAACUAUGGUGCCGAAAAGUAUGGACCCCAUUCAGUUUGUCUAAUCCAGAAGUCGGCAUUUGUCAUGGAAAAGUGUGAGAGGAAGCUGAGUUACCCAGACUGGGGAAGUGGAUGUUAUCAGAUUUCUUGUUCUCUUCAAGGUCUAACGGUUUGGGUCCAAGAUACUUCAUAUUUAUGCAGCCGGGCUGGACAGGUCCUCCCUGUCAGUAUUCAGAUGAAUGGUUGGAUUCAUGAGGGAAACCUGCUCUGUCCAUCAUGCUGGGAUUUCUGUGAGCAGUGUCCUCCAGAGACAGAUCCCCCAGUGGCUAACCUGACUCGAGCUCUUCCACUGGAUCUCUGUUCCUGCUCCUCCAGCCUGGUGGUCACCCUCUGGCUUCUGCUAGGCAAUCUGUUUCCUUUGCUGGCUGGAUUUCUUCUCUGUGUAUGGCACUAGGAAUGGAAAAGUGAAAUUUGAAGAAAAGUGAAUUCUCAACUCCUUUAUCUCAUAUUCCUGUGAACAAAGCACAAAAUCUGGGCAAGCGUGAACCUGUGCAAUGGUAGAAGUGGCAUUCCUGACACAGGCUUGGGCCUGUUGACUACGAUGGACCUUGAAUCAAAACUUCACAGCAGUCGCUCCUUAUCAACUACCCAGCCACCUCAAAGAUUGGAGAAGGAGAAGGAAUUACAAGUCACCACAUCUUGUACUUCAAGAUACAUAAUCUCCCUGAAGUUUUCUUUUGAAAACAGGAUAAUUGGUGAAAUUCCCAGAGUGAUUACAUACCUCAGCAUUUUCAUUAAUCUAAAAUGAUAAGCAAGUUCAUCAUGGACACCACAGUAACAAAUAAUAGCCAAUUAUUACAAAAUUGUAAGUUGUGGAUCUUGCCCUCAGAAGUAUCAGUUGCCCUUUAAUUUACAGAAAAUAAUGAAUUAAAAUUUCUAUAUCACUAUUACACUUAUUUUAAAUUUGAUGGCUGUACUUUUAUUUGGGCUUAGUUUAGUUUGAUUUGAUUUUGGUUUCAAGACAAGGUCUCAGUAUGUUGCCCAGGCUGGCUUUUAGCUGGCAAUCUUCCUGCCUCAACUUCCCAAGUAGCUGGGAUAGAGGCUUGUGCCAUCAUGCCCCACUUGUCCAUAGUACAUUUGUAUCAUUGUUCUCAUUGUUUGUCCUGAAGAGUUUUAAACUGUUUUACUAAGUCUUGUGAUUUCAUUUCGCUUGCCUUUUUUGCCAGCUGUGUAGCAAUCUACUACUGAACUGUUAUCAGUGUAUCGUUAACCCUGUCUACUCACCGAUCUUCAGUGCUCAGCUUCCAUUUUAUUGUCCAUUAACUUAAUAAUGACUCCAAAAAAUGUGGAAGCAGAGAGAGUAAAACUACCCUGCAAAAACGUUGAAGAUGUGCAACCAGAAGAAAAAAUUGUUGUACAUUUUUCAGGUAUUAUGACAACUGUAAUCCAAUGAAGCAAAACUAUUUAUUUUAUCCCUUUUGAACAAUGUAGAUGAAAAGAAAUUGUGUUAUAAACAUGUAUGUGGUUAUUUUUAGUGGACUAAAAUUGUUCGGGAAGAAUUUAGAAUACCUGAAAAAUUUUUUAUGAAUAAGAUGAAAACUGUAUCUUUUACCUCUGCUUUUGAUAACUCUCUUACCACAUAGAUUUUGUGAAAUAAUUCUACUGUGGUACCAGAGCACCAACCCCAUUUAGCGAUUCCUCUUUGAAAUUUCUUUAAUGAGAGGCGAUGCCCAGUUUUUCUCUCUAAAGCUAAUAAGUUCUGUAGCAUGAAAAAUUCAACCCUUGAAGGAAGCUUGUUUAGAAAUUGUGCUAAAUGAGCAAAGCAGCAUAACUACUGUUUUGGCAGUCCCACAUAAAGGAAAGUUACUUUUUAAAAUACAUAAAUCUAAAGUAUAUGUUUGCAUGAGAUAUAAAUUGGAGGUAUUUGUGGUAUUUGUCAUUGUGAAAGCUGCCCCAAACAUAGUUAAUUUCAGUUUAAGAGAAAGAGUGGUCUGCUGGACAACACUCAGUAUUAUACAUCCAUUAAAUUAUGCAAGGUGAGAGAAAAGUAGAGUAUAUUUUUAAAUAAAUGUAUAAUUAUCUAAACUUACAUACCUAUUAUGAUUAUGUAUCACCCCACAAAGUUGUAUAAAGAACUUCACCAAAAAAUCAAAUGGAUUAAUAAUAUAUUUGAGAAUCACAGUGUUAGGUUUAACUAUAUUUUGACUGUUGUGCAGUAAUGCCAUUAGGUAGUAUUGUUUCCAAGCAUGGUGCUUUUUAUACUUGAAAUAUAUCUUUGCUUUAUUUUUUGAUAUAAUUAUAUUUGCACUGAUGACUUUAUGAAGAAAAU